AAUUAGAAGUCUGCUGAUUGGAAAGCAGCAAAGACAUACCGUGAGAGGGGACAGAUAUAUGAGGGCAAGGUUGAAGGCUUCAAUGGUGGUGGUUUGUUGAUUCGAUUUUAUUCUCUUGUGGGUUUUCUACCCUUUCCGCAGAUGAGCCCUUAUUACUCUUGUAAAGAACCACAAAAGACCAUUCAAGAGAUAGCAAGAGACUUGACCGGUUCUGUCCUCUCCGUGAAGGUAAUCCAAGCUGAUGAGGACAAAAGAAGGUUGAUAUUCUCUGAAAAGGACGCUAGCUGGUUGAAGUUUUCUAAUCAAAUUAAUGUAGGUGACAUUUUCCAAGCGAGGGUCGGUUCAGUAGAGGAUUAUGGUGCUUUUGUUCAUCUGCGCUUCCCAGAUGGAUCAUAUCACCUUACCGGGCUUGUCCACGUCUCGGAAGUUUCUUGGGAUUUAGUUCAUGAUGUGAGAGACAUCCUUACAGAAGGUGAUGAUGUGAGGGUCAAAAUCAUAAAUAUAGACAGAGAAAAAUCUAGGAUUACUUUGUCAAUUAAACAGUUGGAGGAAGAUCCAUUGCUGGAAACUCUGGACAAAGUAAUUCAUAAGGAAGCAUCCGUCGACACUAAUUCCUUGGAUUCGGAUGGCAACUUUGUUAUUGAGCCUCUUCCAGGGCUUGAAACAAUAAUUGAAGAACUAAUGCAAGAGGAUGGCAUAUAUGAUGUGACAAUUACUCGACAAGGAUUUGAGAAGCGAGUCGUUUCACAGGAUUUACAGCUUUGGUUGUCGAAUGCACCAGCUUCUGGAGAUCAGUUUACUCUACUUGCUCGGGCUGGAAGACAGGUGCAAGAAAUACAACUGACAACAUCACUUGAUCAAGAAGGAAUAAAAAGGGCUCUACAACGGGUCCUAGAACGUGUACCAUAAGUCGUAUCUAAGAGCUCCAGGAUUACAGCAAAACAUGUAAACCGCAAUAUAUAAAGUUAACGGGAGAAGCUCACAUAGUUCGUUAUUUCAAGUUGCCCAGGAAUUGUACAGAACAGUACUUCAAGAAGAUGUACAAAACAAAACUUAUGGAAUCACAUUUUUCAGAUAUAGUUCUUAUAAGCUAAAGGACCUACGAGCUGCCCCCUGCGAUUUGUGUUAAUAGACAUGAUAACAUGAACUCAUAUGCAAUUUCUUGGUACAUUGCUACCCAUGUUAAACUUGAUUCUUUUUUCUGCACUUCUUUGUUUCCGGAAUUUGUUACUGUUUUGUUAAUCUUCAAUUUGCUGAAGGUUGAGACCUCUCA